AUGGCUGAUAAGUGCGAAAUUUGUAAGAAAUGCGAACGAAAAUACAAAUGCAAAACGUGUUCCGUUUCAUACUGUUCGGUAGCAUGUUAUAAGACGCACCAGGAACAACCCUGCGAGCCAGCAUCACCUUCAACAGAUGUGCCGGAAAAUGGCCAACAGGAAGAUAAAACUUUUAAAAAGACAAUCCUUUUCAGCACAAUUGAUACGGUGCCAACAGAAAAGCUCGAGCUACUCGGCCAAAGCGAACACCUGAAAAAUCUGCUGUGCAAUCCACAUUUACGCAGACUGCUCACCGAGAUCGAUACCGCCCGGGAUGGCAUGAAUGCAAUACGAGUGGCUAUGAUGGAGCCGCUUUUCGUAGAGUUUGCCGACGAGUGCCUUCGAUUGGUUGAACCCGGCGUAGACGAAUCAAACGGAAUGGACAUGGACCAACUAGUGUUUACUAACCUUCAACAUAGGCGAUAGUUAUUCAGAAACUUGAAGAAAAAGA